AUGGCGACGGCGGACUCCGAACGGCCGCCGGCGAGCACAUUCGGCGUGCCGUGGCCGGCUCUCAACGACGGCCUAACCUACUCCGACGUCGUGAAGUCCAUCAGUCCUGGUGCGUUCUUCAGUUGCCGUUUUCUUUUCUCGAGUAAGUUGUCCUUGUCUUUCGCCUCCCGCUGGGGAAUUUCAUUAGCGGCGGCACGGCUCGGCCCUUCCUCCUUUCCCAGAUACGACUUUGCUCCAGUUCUAUUCCUCCGAGUACGCCAGCUCUGCGCCUGUGCAAGGGUAGAAAUCUAAUAAACUCUUUUCUUUCGUCCUUCGUUGACCGUCUCCCACCCCCUUCUACCCAGUUUACUUUGCUUUCUCACGACGUUUGUUCUCUGCAGUUGGCUUCAGAGGAUCAAGAAUGGACAGGUCUGACACAUGGACCGUGGACGUACUUUUUUUUUUCCCUGAUUCAGGCAAUUUGAGUUACACUUACAAGACAUAUGGAUCGUCUUGCAGAUAACGAUCGACGGUCAAGUUGUUACGGAUCCUGAAACAACACUUAGGUUAGUGGUACCUUCUUUAGAUUUUCUCCUAGAUAUGUCAUUGUUCUGCUAGGGAACCUUCUUUCCUACAUUUUGUAUUGCUGUUUAUAACGAUGAUGGAAGCUGCGAGCUUUAGCGGUAAAUGCUUAGGUAUAUUAUUAUUUAUAUUCUAUUUCAUCCUCAUAAACUGUCACAUUCAGUGUCAAAGUUUAUUACCUCUACGGUCCAAGCUUGCACCGUAUAAGUUUUUUGAUAGAUGAACUUAUUUCCUUUGCUCAGAAUUGGAUCAGUGCUGGUCUACCACCGAUUUCCGUGGGAGGAGCCUUAUGCUUCUUAUAAACUGGAAGUUCUUUAUGAAGAUGAUGACGUUGUAAGUGGACUAUUUCGCCAUUUGGUUAUAAUUGAGGUUGUUUUACGUUUAAAUCGAAAUAGAUGACCCCUGAACGAAAAUCUCAAGCCACUGCUAUUCAGUGGUUUCUUUCGUGUCAAUAGGUCAUUUACUGGUGACUUGAGAUUAUCAUUCAGGCAGUCUCUCGCCAAGAUAUCAAUCGUGUUUCACAGAAUUUGAAUUGGACAGUUUCGAUCUUGACAAAAUGAUGAUAAUGUCUGCACUCUUUGUUCCAGAUUGCGUUAAAUAAACCUUCUGGUUUGCAAGUCUUACCUGGAGGUCUUUUCCAACAGAGAACUGUUUUAACACAGCUCCAAUGGCAAGCAAACAAAUCCACUUCAUCAUCAUGUAUCUCUAGAACUUUGGUAGUUAAGGAUCGACAUCCUGUACCCGUCCAUCGUCUUGGAAGAGGGACAUCAGGUUUUCUACUGUUAUUAUGCAGUCCAUGUUUUCUAUUUGUAGCGUCUCUGUUUAUUAAAGAAGUCUUAAAUAUGCAUGUAAUAUUAAUAAGGAAAAAUUUUCAAUAUGACACCGAAUUUUCAAGAUGACAAACUCUACAUGAGCUGACCAGAAAAAUCUUCAAAUAAAAAAUUCUGAAAUUUUUAUUUGUAGCCUCUAGUUUAUUUUUCUUCUGUUUCCCGCUGUCUGGAUAGUGUGUUCUCUAUGCUGGAUGCUACUUGAAAGUGGUGGGCAUAUGAGCGCUGCUAAGUUGUCCAAACAGCUAUGAAUCCUAAGGGACGAACUUGAUUGUGUGAUAUGUAACCUAUAUGUAGUUUUAUGGGUACGUACGUCUGGGUUUUUUGUCCACUUUAAGCAGUUUUUUUUUUGUGUGUGUGUGUGUGAUGGUUUUGUGAGAUUAAAGAUUAACCUUUAGGUUUGGUAACGCAUUGGAAGUAUUAGGUUAUGGUUACAGGUUGACAAGCAACUCUUUUUUUUUCUGAAUACAAUCCAAUCGAUUAUUUGUAGAGAUUUCUUCAGUUUUUGUUAUGAAUGCAGAUAGCGUUUGUGCGUCUCUUCUUAAUCCCACACAUGUUUUUUCUUCUGUUCUCUUUUUCCACUCUUGCCCUUUUGUGAUUUACACAAUCAGAGAUUGUUCAACUUGUUCUGUUCGUGUAUCUUAUUAUAUUUUUUUACUAUGUAGAGAUUGUUGCUUGAAACAUCGCAAGUCUUAUAUUUUUUUCUCGGGGAUGUGAUUCUAUAAGAAUUGUUUGCUCAUCCUAGGAUUACAAGCAUUUUCCCAAACAAGUCGUAUCUUCAGUCAUCCUUGCCGAUAAUUGAUUUCUUCUCCCAGGAAUACUACUUUGUGCUAAGACAAAGCAUGCAAAAGUUCGUCUGGCAUCCUAUUUUGCAGACGGUACAUCAGCUGUGAAAAGGUUUACUCGAGCGAUUAUUUUCUUGUUAUGGCUUGUUUGUCCUAAACAUAUAAGCUGUUUUCCUGUGCACAGAAUUUUCUGUAUAUUGCACAUGAUCUUCCCAUAAUCACUGUAGAAGCUCAGAGAUAUUCAUCAUGCUUUUAAUGGAUUCUUUAGUUUAUCUAGUAUGGAUAUUGAACUCUCUUACUUUACUAUUUUCACUGUUCAUUGUUUUUAACGUGACCAGGGACAAUCAUCCUUGCAUUUAGGUGAAAAAAUGAGUUGAUUUUUUGCAAACAUGUUAAAGUUAUAAAUAAAGAAAUAAAAUAUGAUUUUAAAUAAUAAAAAUAUGCAUCAUAUAAAACUACAGAAAUAAAUAUUAAUGUAGCAUUUUUAUGAUACUGUAAAUAAUUUAAUACCUUAAAAUGCCAUAGUUUUUCUAAACACUGGCAUUAUGAAUUUAGUUAUGCUCCAUGCUUGAUGUAAUCCUUAUGAGGUACCAUCUGCAAGCUUUAGGUUCGAAAUUCAUUCAUUAUAGCCUAGUGGCAUUUCUGCCGCAGUUUCUAUUUACCAUCAAUUAUGUGUUUCCACAGCUUAAAACAUAUAUUUCCUUUACUUAAAAUGGAUUCUCCGUGGGUUGAUAUUUUACUAUACCCUUCAUUCUUUGGUUGUCUGAGGAAAGAGGCUAGAAGAAUAUAUCAAAGAUAAUUUAAUUAUCUGUUAUGCAUUUCAUCACAUGAAUUAAACUAAUUUCGUGGUGUGCAUUUGUUAAUGAGCUAUGAAGAUUACCAAAUGUUAACUUAUGCAAAAAUUGAAGGAGAGACAUCUUUUGUGUAUAAUGGUUACCCAGAUUUAUUUUUUUUGCUAUAUCAUGGCUAGUGCCUUACCAGGUCAUGUUUGGGUGUUUUAGGGGAAAUUUCUCACUUGCAUUGUUAUAUUCUAUCGUGGUGAUUUCUGUUCCUAAGCUCUAAACCCCUUUGCUGUACAUGUUUUGUCAUACGGAAAUGAUAUUAUUUGGAACCUCAAUUUUUUUUUCAUUAGUUCUCAUCAUUGGUGUAACAUUUUUCUUUUGCCAAUUAACAAUUUUGUCAUCUAUGUUCUGUCUUCUUGAGCAUUUCCUGGAAGUCUUGUUCAAUUGAUGUCAAAAGUAGUAGAAUAAUUUUUUGAAAUCCAUCGUCUUGGUAAAAUUUAAAUAUGGUAACUUUUUCUUAACAGAAAAUUUCAUACCGAUGCUGAAUGUUUGAGAAAAGUAUUUAAACUUUAUCGGGCAUUGGUGACAGGGAUAAUUGAGCUGGAUGAGGUAACCCGAAUUCCCUUUUUUUGAAUAGCUUUGUUAACCUUUGAAUAGCUUGUGACUUGAGUUUUAUCAUAUUUGGUUCCAAAAAAAUCAUAUGUAAAGUUUGUACCUAGGAUUUGGACAAGGACAUGUUUAAGCAUAUACUCUUGAUGAUGUUGCAUGCUUAAUUUAUUUAUUUUCUCCAUUUCACUGUGAUAUAAAGUUGGAGGGGGGUGUCAGUCACCAUCAUUACGGUUUGCUACACCUGCAUCACGUCACACUAUUGUUUUUUGACUUUUCCUAGUCCCUUUGAAGGAUCAAACAUUAAAUGGAUGGCCCAAAUUAUUGAAGUAUUAUUUAGAUCCUUAAGUUGCGAGCCUUUCCAUUGUCUUCAGCAUCACAUAAACUAUAGUGAAUGGUUUCUGCGGCAUAUAAUGUUUUGCCAUUUGCCAAUUUGGUGAACUCUCCUUUUAUUGAAAGAGGUAAACGAAAAUAAAAAAUAGCUUCUUUCAGUUAUCAUGGUAUAUCUCAGAAUCAUGUAGAAGGUAAUUACCAUUUCCAUUCCGCAUACACUUGUGUCAGAUUACCCUUCAUAUCUGAUGCUCACCUUUAUGUUAUCUCCUGAACAAUUUAGAUGAAUGAAUUGCUAACCUGUUCAUUCUUUCAACUAAGAGUUAUGUACUCCAGGGGGAGGGGGGUGUAUUGUUCAAACUACUUUGUUAAAACAUUCCUCAGGAUAAAUAUAUAUAUAUAUAUUUACCUUUUACUAGUAUGACUUGUGUCUCUUCCCUGAUCUGUUUCAAUUCUUCCAAGCUCUUCAACCCUAUAAUGCAUUUUUCUAAUCGUGCAACUGUCACGUUGAGAAUUACAGAGUAGUUUCCAUUUGCUGAUAAAAGUGCCUGGUUUGUGAAACUACCCCACCCUUUCUAUCUUUUUAGUUAUUCCCUACUUCCAAUGCCCUCAUUUUCUCAGUGCUAAGAGGGUAACCCUUUUUAGCUGAAGUCAUCUCUCACUUUCCCUGCGGAGCACUGCGUCCAUCUUACCAUCUUACAUCUUCAGAUUAUCUCCCUCUGUAAGCACUACUUUUGAUGAAUAAAGAAAAUAUUCUAUUCGUGGCUAAGAGUGAUGAAAUUUAUCAAAUAUAAAGCUAAAGAUGAAAUUUGUCAAAAAAAAUAAAUUAGAAGUCUAGUUGUUGACCUGUAAAGUAUGCUGGUGCCUAGGAAUUUGAUCUAUGUUUUCCUGUGAUGUUCUUUUAUGAUUGUGGAUACCCCAUGAGCACGAGAAGUUCCUGAUGAGUCCCUUGUGAGUAUGUCACUUAGUUAUUUACUAUUUUUUUUCUACCUGGUGACCUCAAACUUUUCCUUGACGAAGGUUGUCAUUGAGAGUCCCAUUGGAGUGAUCCAUUACCCUGGGGUGUCAAAGGGCCUUUAUGUUGCAUCUUCAUCAGGUUUAAAUCUUUUAUUUCCAUAGUUUUGAAAAUUCUUUAAUGUUUUAUUGUGUCCUUGCAUUCGUUUUAUAUUCGAUAUAGCUUGUAAGUUUUGCUUUGUUAUCCAGGGAAACCAGCUUUAAGCAAGGCAAUUGUCCUCGAGAGGAACGUGCAAAGAAACCAAACACUGGUGCAGGUGUUCCUCACUUCCUAUUCCUUGUCAAAUAAAGAAUAUAUAUUUUGGGAGCUGUAGUGACCAGAAUAUUUUCAUUAUCUCUUGUAUGACAGGUAGAAAUUCAGUCAGGACGGCCACAUCAAAUUCGUAUUCAUCUUGCUUUUAUUGGUCACCCCCUGGUAGGUACGUUAUAUGUCCUUCAGAUUUAGUUUAAUUUCAUGGGGUUUUUGAUUUAUAAAACUUUAUUUAAAGAAGCAGUGAAUUUUCUGGAGAUAUUACAAUAUAUAAAAGGAGUAUGUUAUUUGUGUUGCACUGCGGAAGAACAAGUGAGUUUGAAGGAUGUUAAAUUAAGAGUAGAACUUAGUUGACUGCUUGACAGCUGCGUCCAUUUUUCUCAUUUGAAAUCUUUUGAAAAUUGUAGGAUAAGUUGACCAGUUCUUGUGGUAAUCAAUACUUUUGAUGUGAUGAUUCAGAGAUCGGAAAGUGAGCAUAAGUGAUGCAGAAAAUAAGAGAAAACUACUUGCCAUGAGGAGUUAAUAAAUUCGCCUAUUAGAGGCUUGGAAACUUAAAGAAUUGGAAGGAGUUGUGAAAAAAUUGAGCAACCCUGGUUGACCAUCCGGGGAUAACUCCCCUAAAUUGUUUUUCACACACUUUACCCUUGGGGCUUUCUAUAAAUUCUUCUUAUGUGACUUUCCUCCCUCAUGGCCAGGCAGGUUAAUGAACCUGUUAAUGAAUUGCGUUAACACAGUUAGGUGCAACUCAUGUGGAGAUGUGCAUCAGAGAAGAAGAUGGUGCGGGAAACAUAUAAAAGCCAAGAGCUGCUAUGAGAGAAUUAGAGUUUGAAGAGGUUGAGGCCUUGAGUCCAUAGGUCUACCGAGAGAAAUGUAGAGGACCCCCAUUGACAAACUAACCGUGAUCAUAUGAAUCAUGAGACUCGCCGAAGGAAAUGAUGGAUGCGGCAUUGUGAUUAUCUUGUGGAAGACGACAAGUUUUGCAAUAACUGGACUAUCCAUAUAUUCCGUGAUGCUCGCUCAACACAGACUCAGCCUGUCCUUUUUCUCAAAAAAAAUAUUUUUUAUUCUAAUCAGACGGCUAAAAAUUUCCAAGUGAUAGUAUUUUCGUAUGAUUAUUUGUCUUUUACCCAUGCUAUUAAUGAACUUUGCAACAAUCUACCUUGGAAGAAAAAGGAGACCGACUGUGCAUAAAUUUGCUGAGCCUAUUUUUUAGCUUACACUGAGUGAACAGUGAUGAAAUUUCUACUUCUGGCUUUCCUCAAUUAUGUUGAAAUUUGAUGUUGUGUUGAGUAUCGGCAUUCCCACUGGUGAUUUGUGAAAAGCUGUGUUUUGGAAUAUUUAUUGACAGGGGAUCCUCUUUACGUAUCCGGAGGACGUCCUAAUUGUAUUCCAUCUGAGCGUACAGACGACAACUUUGCAGAAGAUGGGUACGAUAACAUACAUCACGUGACAUCAUGUUUUGUAGAGACCUUCAUAACGAAAGCCUUUUGCACAUACCUCUUCGCAUUUGCUUUUGGCAUCUUAACAAAUUCUCUACAAAGUUUUGUAAUGAUGUCUUUUGGAGUAGUAAUGCACAAGAAGAUGUUAUGACAAAGUCUGAAGCUCUAAAAGAUUUCAUCACAAGACGUGUCAAUGGGAAGCCGUUUUCUUGUUUUUUUUGUUUUUUUUUUUUACUUAGAAUGCUGUUAGGGAUUUGCGGUUGCGACACAAUUUCGUUUUGCGUUUGUUCUGUCUAAAAAUAACAUCGAAUAUUGAUCGUUGAUUUUCUUUUAUUCUUUCUUCCGUGUCGUAUGUUCACUUCCAAAUUCUAUUCUCAAAUGCUCUAAUUACAGAGGUUAUCGUAAGCCCUCCAAGCCUGUGCCCGGAGAUUGUGGUUACCACUUGCAUGCGCACAAGCUAGUCCUAUGCCACCCGUCAACGAACCAGGUAAACCUGGCCACCUACCUACGAAUCGAUUACUCGUUUUUUUGUUGAGGCUCGAAUCCAAAGCAGAACUCCUCAGACACCUCGUGGAUUCUAAAUUGCAUUGCAAAUACUACUCUGCUGAAACGGAUAGUUUUGACGGGUGGCUCCACACCAGAUCCCCUCAUUGAAUCUCUCAAGAAGGGUUGAGCGUUUAGUUAUUGUGACCAUCUCAUACUUACCCACGAGUUCAUUACUGCAUCAUGAGCAUUUCGUCCGUCCAGAUUUCCGUGGAGCAUCGUGUCCAUUACUGCAUGAUGGACAGUUUUGACGGGUGACUCCAGCCCUGAUCCCCUCAUUGAAUCUCUUAUGAAAGGUUGAGCGUUGACUUACUGUGCCCUUCUCAUGCCUGCUCAUGAGUACAUUACUGCAUCAUGAGCAUUUAGUCCGGCCUUAUUUCGGUGGAGCAUCAUGUUCAUUAGUUCAUAAUAGACAGAUCUGACGGGUGACUCCCUGAUCCCGUUCAUUGAAUCUCCUAAGAAAGGUUGAACGUUGACUUAUUGUCACCUUCUCAUACUUGCUCACGAGUUCAUUACUACAUCAUGAGCAUUUAGUCCGUCCUUAUUUCCGUGGAGCAUCAUGUCCAUCACUGCAUGAUGGAUGGUUUUCACGGGUGACUCUACCCCUGCUCCCCUCAUUGAAUCUCUCGAGAAGGGUUUAGCGUUGACUUUAUUAUGGCCUUUUCAUACUUGCGCAUGAGUUCAUUACUGCAUCAUGAGCAUUUGAAUUCAGGCUGCCCUGAGUGUGCGGUUGGCCAAUUUACUCUUUCGCACAAGUUCAAUCCAGCAACCUCAUUCCGUGAAGGAUCUGAUCGGCGUCUUCCUGGCCAUUUUGGCCGGCAUCAUUGGCAGAGGAUCGAGAUCACCGCCCCGCCCCCGCCCAUGCUGCGUGUGCGAGGAGAGCUGGAUCAAGCAGAGGCUGCCGAGAAGAUGCCAGCGUAG